AUGGCCAGUGUUCAAUCUUCCGAUUCUUUCGAUAUAAAUAGUGAUAAUUACACUGUGGUGAAACUAGAUAAUGGGGAAUUGCUGCAAUCUGAAGAUGGCAAUAUUUUCGUUCAAAAUCGUUUUAGAAAUAACCUAGUAAUUGACUUUAAAAAAAUCGAACACGAUGGUGAAGUUGUGGCGUUAGUCAAAUCAGUUAGUAACAAUAGGCCUACACCUCAAUGUGAUUUGCAGCAACAAAUUCUUGAAAAGAAGCAAAAAGUAUCACAAUAUAUUCUGGAACAACUGGCUGCAGUGAGUUCUUUGGAGGAAAUGGAGGCUUUUGAACGCAUAGUAGCUCCUUUAAAGCCUACCCUGGCUGCUGUCAGAGAUCAGUUACAGUCUAAUUAUGUCCCUUUGAAAUGUGCCAGUAUUUCUGCCCACAAAAAUAUAGAACCUCAAAGACGACUGAGAAUUCCAGAUAAGUUCCGAAAACACGAAACAAGAGAUGAUAAGAAGCAGGACUCUCUACCUGAAGAAAUGAAGGAAGAUGAGAAGUACGUGGCACCACACUUGAGAGCCCAGGGCGAGAUAACCAGUCCCCAGGAGCCAAAAGUGGUUGAAACGCCAGUACCACUAUAA